GGUCGGGGGAUUUCCCGCGCGUGCGCCGGGCGCGCGCCUGAGGCGAUGGCGGUGGCCGUUGGGGCGGGAGCCCUGAGGGGGCCUGUCCGCUCCCUCCUGCGGGCGGGCUGGGGCGGGGGGUGUCGUCGGUUCUGGGUCCCCUCAGGACGAUCCCCAGCGGCCGACGCUUCGUCGGGCUCGGGUGCGCUGAGCCCCUUCGACCGGCGGCUGAAGCGGAAACAGAAGAACUGGGCAGCGCUGCAGGCCGAGCCCGCCAAGUGCGACUACCUGCGGGAGGAGGUCGGCAGCAGGAUGGCGGACAGGGUGUUUGACAUCCCCAGAACGUUUCCUAUUGCUUUGGAUGUUGGCUCUGGAAGAGGUUACAUAGCUCAACAUUUAACCAAGGAAACAGUUGAAAAACUUAUUCAAGUUGAUAUUGCAGAGAAUGCUUUAAAAAAUACUGUAGAAUCUGAAAUCCCUACAUUCAGUGUCGUAGCUGAUGAGGAAUUCCUUCCUUUCAAAGAAGAUACAUUUGAUCUUGUUCUUAGCAGCUUAAGUUUACAUUGGGUGAAUGACCUUCCUAGAGCUUUUAGAGAGAUUCACCGAGUUCUUAAACCAGAUGGAGUAUUCAUUGGUGCAAUGUUUGGGGGAGACACUCUGUAUGAGCUUCGCUGCUCUUUGCAGCUAGCGGAAUUGGAGAGAGAAGGGGGAUUUUCUCCUCACGUAUCACCAUUCACUGCUGUCUCUGAUUUGGGACAGCUGCUGUCGAGAGCUGGCUUUAACACCCUGACUGUGGAUACUGAUGAAAUUCAGGUCAACUACCCAGGGUUGUUUGAGGUUAUGGAAGACUUGCAAGGUAUGGGGGAGAGUAAUUGCUCUUGGAAUAGAAAACCUCUACUACACAGGGAGACAAUGUUGGCAGCUGCUGCAAUAUACCAAGAAAUGUACGGAAAUAGCGAUGGCUCAGUACCUGCCACGUUUCAGAUCUACUACAUGAUUGGAUGGAAAUUCCAUGAAUCACAGGCAAGACCAGCCCAGAGAGGUUCUGCAACAGUUUCACUUGGAGAUCUGGCAAAAAUAGAUGGACUUCUUUCAAGAGGAAAAAAAUAGUUCUUCAGAAAUAAUAGUUGUCUUGAAGCUGCCAUAAAGCUUCUCAUUGCAGAUAGUCUUCACUUGCCCUUAUUUUGUGAUGACAUUCUGAAGUGGUGAUAAUCUUCAUGCAAGAGGAUUUUGUUUUCUUUUUUACUGCCUGUGCUAUAUCAGCUGUGUAAAAUGCUGGGGUUUUUUUGUUUCUAGAGAAAUAUGUCAGCAGUAUUCUAAGUGAAUAUAUGCUUUCCCAACUUUUGAUUAAAUUGCUAUUCUCAAAUGUAAUGCCUCUUCCAGUAUUUCAGUAUCACAGACCGCUCCAGGUAUGAUUUGCAGGUGUUGAGUGUGUAUAUCACCCUGCGUUGCUUUUGAAUUAUUCCUUAAGGGUGGUAGAUCGUAGUAAAGAAUAGUACUUGGUGGCAAGUGUGUUAUAAGACAUACUGUAAGAGAAAAUAUCAGCAAAUACACAGAUCUAACUUAGUAUGUUUUUGUGGGUUGCAAUGUUGGCUGCUUUGUUGUAGCUUUAACAGAAUGUACGUAUCGUGAUUUGACUUAAUUUACUGAAAGAAGCAGCAAGCAGAAGAAUCACCUAGUACUUGGGUGGAUACGUUUCAAAUUAACUAGUUAGCUUAGAAUUGGCAUUCUUUGGAGUUGGUACUCUUUUGGAGUUCCAAAAGAGUUCCAAGGCAUUUUUUAACCUGUUUUUUUUAAUAGCAUUUAAAACAUCAAAACUAUUAAAAUAACACUUGUGCGUUACUUUCUAUGUUUCUACCAUCAGAGUCUGAAAAGCAUGAAGUAUACUUUUUUUUCGCCUUAGCUGUGCCAUGGAGCUAUGACUUUUCCUGUAUCUAACUGCAUUACCAGAAAUUGAUAGUAGUUACAAAUAUGGCCCAUUAACCUGAGGUGUUUAGAAAAAAUAAUCUACCCAGUGAUUUCUCUUGAUAGAGAACGGUAGAGAGGAAAAGCAUGAAGAAUAUAUAGUCAGGUUUACUGCUCAGUCAGUUUUGUCAUUGUACCUAGGUGUUGUAUCAAUGCUGGUGAAAGGAAAGCUUCUUUAGGCUUGUUGUAAGAAGAUUAUCCAGCAGGUGGAGUUUGACAGAAUGGUGAGGCACAGACCAAAUAGGCAAGGUAGGAAGAAGCCUUUGUAUUCUGUCAGGGAUUAUUGAAUUAUGAUUCUAAAAUAAAUACAGAUAUUAAGGUUACCUCCUAGUGCUUAACCAAUACUCAAUUUUCAACAUAACAGAAAUGCUGUGUAAAAAGAAACUAUUCAUCCAGUAUUCAGCUGACCAGAAGAUCAACUUAAGGGUCUAAUUUUGGGCUUUAUUGAGUUUACCAGGCUUUGAUUUAAAUGAGAAAUGGGCAGAGGAUGUACAAAACAUCCUGAUAAGGGGGGAGGGAAUCUUCUGUCCUGCAUUUGCUUACAAGCCUAAUGUAUUAUUAAUUCAAGGAAAAUUAGUUCAUCUUUCAUUUUCCUUGGAAAAGAAGAGGAACCCUCCUGGAAAAAGGGGGAGAGGCUAUAAGUGGCCUGAAAACCUUUAUAACCCUUGACAUUAAAUUUAAAAGAAGAGCUUGUCUCUCUGAAAGCCUUCAAUUUUUUCAUAGUACAUCAGUGGACUUAAUGCAAGGCGCUGCAUGUCUUUACAAGUCUUCUCCACCUUUGAUAAAAUUUACUUAUUUAAAGGGGAAACUCUCUCCUUUCCCAAAUGUAGUUUUCUAUGAAGUUAUGUGUCAAAUGAGUGUGUAACAAUGCAUUUUUGCUUUAGUAGGUUGAUUUCCAGUUACUUGAGCUGGUCGUUGUGACUCAGAUGUGUUAAGGGAAUGAGGAGGUGGAAUGUGCUGGGUAAAUGUUAAUUGGAGAAGUGCUCCUACUGUGCUUGUUUCAAGCACUCAAGUUACGGAGAAAAGGAUGAAUUUUCAGUUCUUUGAUUCCCUAUUCCACGGAUGGAGUAUGUAAACAGUGAAGUAGGUAAGGAUUUUGCUGUUAAUGGGGGAAGGUACCUUCUGGACAGGGAGAAAUGGAAGACUAGUUUUCUUCCUAGCACUUGGAAGAAAAAAAAGUAUAGAUUUUCAGUUAACUUGGAAAAGGGCUGGGGAGUAACAGAAAUGGGGAGUAAAUAUGGCAUUGGAGCAGUGUUGGUUGGAAUUAGGGGGCAUGCAACUGAUGGGAAAAGGAUUCAUUUCCCUCGCUGACUACAUUUGAGUAACUGCCUUUUCUGUGUGUUUGUAACUGCAUUUUUUUUUCUGUAGUAUUUGUUCUUGGAAUUCUAGGUCACUCUGGUUUCCUCUAGCCACUUUCUUUGUAUCGCACUUGUAUGAAUAGAUUUGAAAAAAGUUAGUUUACUAUGAACAGAUGUUUUUGUCACAUAAGACCGUGUUAUAUAUUUUGCUUGUCUUUUUAGCAUUAAGUGUUCAUGGCUUUCUGAAAUUGUAACGAAGAAUGUGGUUGCCAGUUGCUAGUUUAGAACUCUUAAGUGCAUGUUAAAAAUCAGCUUUUGCAGGGUAAGUGACUUUUUAAAAGUAGUUGCUAAGGUGACAUAAUGUCUCUUGUAAGCUUAGUUUUAAAAAUCCUGAUGCAUAAUACGGAAUGCUUUAAUCUUGAAUACAGAAGAAAGAGAAUUCUGGGAGAUAAUUAUUUUGACUAAUCAGAAGUCAGGAGCCCAUAAAUAACAAAACCCCAAAUUUUAGAAACAGCUUAUGUGUACUUGAUGAACAUCAGUAUUUUUGAGCCUUCAAAAGGUUCUGAGGGUCCGAGUGACGAAUCAAUGAGUGUCCUUGUUCAGUGUGUUUGAUUAUAAGAUCUGUCAAUGUGGAGUUUUAUGCAAAGAGUUUUUACUUAGGAUAUAGGGAUAAUAAUGAGGCCCUACAUUUUGGAACCCAAGCAUUAGAUUUUGCAGUUUCUAUACUUUCAAAAGACUGAGAAUUUAUGAAGUUAAAAUGGGGAAAGGAUUCUUGAUUACCUCUAAUGUAUAAAAAUGUCAUCAGUGGAAGUUCAGAAGUGAACUAUACAAAAUUAAAUUUAAGUGUGUUGUUUUACUCUGCUUAAGGAAGAUAAAUAUGAAUAACACUUUUCUCAGUGUUGUCUUCAAGUGAACUAAAACUAAAAUUUGUCAGUUGCAGGGGAGAGAAACACACCAGUCUUUCAUAUGGUGUUUAUUUGGAAUUUCAUGAUGCAAAGAUCUGAUCUAGUCAGUUAAAUUCACUAGACAUCUUGUUCAAGAGGCCACAUAAGGAAAGCUAGGAUAUGUGUUAAACCUUUUAAAUUUUCAUUUGACUAACCCAAGACCUUAAUAUCCGCUUUUGAAAGAUGAUCUGUUUUGAAGCCAUUAUUUUGGGGGAGUACGGAUAUUGUAGUAGUUUGAUUGGAAUCAGUCUGAGCAAAUGUGACCUGUAUAGCUGGUUGGUUGAUUUCCUGAAUGUCUUACGCACUCUCAGGUGAAGGAAAAGGAAAAAGAGAAUUAAAAAAAGAAAAACCUGAGACAGUUAAGUUUUAGCUGAAGGCUGCAUAUCAGUAUGAAAUAGAAAACACUGAAGAGAGUGGAUGUGCUUGUUGUAGGGGAAAACAACUCUUGGCUUAAAUCAAGUUAGAAUUAGAGUGGUUUGUUGACUCAUUAAUAGCUUGUAAUUAACUGUUAUCCAUGAACUAUACAUGCAGGAUUAAUAGCAGCAAUAUAACAGAUAAAUGACUGUCCUAGACCCUUGCAAAACCUUAGUAAACACCUUCAGACAUCUAAAUGCUCUUCUGCAUCAAUUUCCCGACAAGUUUGCGGUUACGUGCUCACCUCUAUCCUUUAACAGGUGGUUUGGGUUAUAAGAGCCCACCCUUCGAGGAGUACAUUACCCUAUUUACGUGUGUCUCCUUUGGAGACAUGGGUGCUGUAGCUGCAUGCGUACCUGUGCUGUUCCCUAUGCUCCACUAAUCCACCCGCCUGCUGGGAUAGCACCCCACAAGGUGCUGUGCAGACACCCCAGGAGUGGUCACUGCUGCUUGUCCCCUGUACUGUCAGCCCGCUGGCCAGAAUACAGGCUGCUGCUGGGGAGGGUACUCCCUCAGGCCUCAGCAGCUCGAGAUGCCAGGAGGGCGUCUUUUCGGUGUCAGACCAGGUUUUGACAGCUUCUCUCUUCUCACUCUUAGGAAUUUUAGUGCUUUUUAUACUUGAUCUUAAGCUGACUCUUUCCCUCCCCUGCCCUGCCCGCUGCCCCCCCGCCAAGGUCUCUUGGUAGUUGCCUGGUUAGUGUUCAAUGUGGCUGAUGGUUGUCUUCACUUACAGCCUUACCAGAUUUUGAGCCAACACCUUCUCAGUUUUGUAUAUUCUGUUCAGACACAUUGCACUUGUAUUUCUAUCUUAGCAGCUGAUAUUGUCCACGCUCUUUUGCCAAGAGGUGGCUAUGUAGAUGUCCCCCAUGAUUUGGAGCUGUGUCUUGGGGUACAAGGUACAUUCAUAAAGUAAAAGUCCUGUUCAGAAAAAAUGUUUCUGUUUGAAACCUUACGUUGAAGCAAUGAUGAUGAAUAGUGGAGAAUCUUAUUUGGCCUCAAAGUGUUCGUGAUAGGCGUAAAUGUAUCACAAUAUAGCAGUUUUCUAAUGAUAAUGCGUAAAAUAAGGAGGUUUCAUUUUUACCGCGCUGAUGAAUCCCAAUUCAUGCAUUUGGUUUUCUGCAUUCUGUAGGGAUUCCUUACAGUUUGCACAAAUAGAAGUGCAACUUGAAGUUGGGAUCUGCACGUUUUGUGUGACUUUUGAUCAUUGACUUAUUCUUUUAAUAUUGCACCUGGAGUGUGUGUGAGUACACUAAGAAAAUAAAGAAUAAAACUACCCUUAUGAACAAAUUUAUUUACCUUGGAGAUUUCUAUAGUUUUGAUCAAAUACAAUCUUUGGUUUCGUGGAUGACAAAAAUACAGGGACAGAAACGUGUUGGAUGCAUUUUUGUUUUACAUAAUACCACCUUUUUAGCUAAAUGAACACCCUGAGAAAAGUUACUAUUCUACUUAGUGUAUGCAGUAAUUUAAAUCAUUUGAAGCUCUAAUCUUAAACUUCUUACUUCUAAGGUGAAGUGAAUUAUUCUGUGGAAAUACUAUCCAAAAUGAACAAUUUACUAAGGAAAUCUGAUGGGUAACACCCGUCUUUACACCUAUCUUUUCAGAUUCUGCUUUUGGGUACUGCUGAAUAACUCACUCCACUUAACUGUACUGUAAAUAUUAUUUGUUUUCUAGCAGUUAACCAUCUUGAAAACACAUCAACACGACUUCGUAAGUAUAGCACUUGAGAUGAAUUUACAAAUGAAUCUUGGCAUAAGACAAAUGUAUUUUAACACUACAGUUUGUGUGCCUGCUCCCUGCAUAUUUAUUUUCAACCUCCAGUUGAUUAGCUGCUUUGUCUUGUGUACAGAAAUGGCCUGUUUAAUGCGGUGGGAAGUCGAGUAGAAGCCAGCGUUUGUUAAUGGAUGCUUAGAACAGGCGCAGGCAGGCAUUUUAAAUUAUUCUAACUAAGCAGUAAUUCUAAUUCAUUUCUAAAGAUAGAAGUAUAACAACCCAAUUACCUUGUUUCCUCACAGACUGUAAUGAGUACAGUUAGCAUAAAAUUGGUCUAUAAAUUUAAUGGGCAAUUUCUUGUUAUGUGGACAUUGAAAACACUAGCAAAAAUGUGGCAAGCCAUGUUAGAGUCUAUAUAGUAACUUGCUCCCAUUGGAUGCUUCCUUGACAAAUGCAUUACUGUAAAAUAUCGAUCAAAUCUGUUCAGUACAAGGAGUUUUUAAAAUACUGGCUCAAACAGGGAUGGCAGUAGAGUUGAAAGUUCCUUCAAGAAAAAAACUUCCUUUUUUAAUCUGGGUUAGCAGUAGGGUUUUUUCCUUUUUUAACAUGGUGUUAUGACCAUAUAUUCAAACUUGUAAUAUAUGUCAGGAUGUGGCUAGUAUCGGGCCAGUUCUGUAUGUGCAGCCUCAUAAGAACAGUUGGAUCAGUUCUUCUGAAUGUAGAAUAUACACAUAGAAGGUAAAGAUAAAAAAAUACAUGUUAAUACUCUACUGAAAGGGGAAGGUGUGCUGGAGUCCUGCUGCUGAUUUUUAAACCAGGAUUCAGACAGCUGCUGCCCCACACAGGUGCUGGCAGUUGUGCAGUUCAUUGGAUGAAACCAGGUGUGGGGCACUUCAGAAUUUCUAGCUGAUAGAACGUGAAGGACACUUUUCCCUCCCUUCUGGAGCUUAGGUUUAUGAUGGGAAAUUCUCUUUGUGACCAUAUUUUCAUACAGUACAGUAAAGAAAACUGAGGAGGGCAUAGCUAAGUUGCAGUGACCUGCUGAGACUAAAGUGAAAAUUGUGGGCCGUAAGAGAAGUUUCUUCUACUUUGCCUGUUCCCUGGAGAGUGAAUAAACAAAGAAAAAAACAUAAGGCUUGAAGAAUAGAAGUAAGUUUUCAGAAAAAUAUUUUUUCAUGAUGGACUUUUGAUUUCACUUCUUAUAUGCAAGCGGGCAUUGCUGGAAAGAGGGAUGAAUGUAAAAGACUUUAUCACUGACUUCUUGAUCAUGAAAAUGCUUUAAUUACUUCAAUAGUGCAUCCAUUUUAAAAGUACUUUUAUUACAUCAUUCUGUUAAGUACAAUGAAUAAAAUCAUAACUGCGACUGUGAAAGUAGCAGCAAGUUAUUUCUCCUCCAUUAGAACACCGACUUAGUGGCACCAGCUUUCCUAGGCAUUUAUGCCUUGCCAUACUUUUUCCUACCUGAUAAUUUUGUACAGCGCACUUCCCUGCCUGCUUCGUUUCCCUUAUAAUGCCAACUGAGCAAAUGGAAUAGUGUGGCUGAUCCUGGGCUGCUAUUGUGGACUGGUGGGCCAUGAAGUGUAUUCUGUGGCUAGCAGCCUGCCAAACAAAACAGGCAGUGUGUUCAAUUUACU